AUGGCCUCUUCAUCUUCCACCACUGCCACCUUCGCCCAACGCCUUGCUGACUGGGAAAAAACCUUCACAGAGUGCUACCGCAAUGGCGAAAGCGCGUUCAAUGCUCAGUUGGAGCAGCUCUACAGGGACUUGGUUCCACUGUGUCAAGAACAUGUCAGAAACGUGGCCAACUUCCGCCUCGUGGAUUAUAUUGCAAGCCCUAUCGUGUAUUCAUACAAGACCAGCCAGGGCAAGGACGGCAAGCAGGUAGCAAGGUUUGAGGUCGACUGGGCGACUUUGCAUCAUCAAGUCGCAAAUUUCAAGGCAUACCAGGAAGGCCAGGAGGCACAGAGGAAGAGGAGGGAGGAGGAGGAGCAAGAGAAGAGGAGGGAGAAGGAGGAGCAAGAGGAGGAGAGGCAGAGGGUGGAGAAGAGGGGGAAAAGGGAGGUAAGGAGGAAGAGGGAGGAGAAGAAAAAGAGGGAGGAGGAAGAGGAGAGGCAGAGGGAGGAGAAGGAGGAGAGGCAGAGGGAGGAGGAGAGGAGGAAGAGGGAGGAAGAGAAGCAGAAGGUGGAGGAGAGGAGAAAGGAGGAGAGGGGGAAGAGGGAGCAGGAGAGGAAGACCAGGGAGCAGGAGAGGCAGAAGGCAGAGGAGAGGAGAAAGAGGGAGCAGGAGCAGGAGCAAGAGACAGACAAGGAGAGGAACAAGGAGGAGACGGAGAAGAGACGGGCCAAGAAGGGCAAGGGCAAGACAGUCAAACCCCCGGUGGAAGACGGACCCAUAACAGACGCCCACAAAGACAAGGGCAAACGGAAAGCGGCGGACCCCGUAGAGUCCAUUCAGUUGGCUCCAGCGGACUACAGGGGCCCACAGACAAGGAAGGGGGAAAUCAUUCUCCACAUCACCGCCUCCAACAUGCCUGGUCACCCAGCGUACAGGGAGAAGCUGGAAAGAUUGGCAAAGUCCAAGCAGGGGAAAUACAAGAGCAAAGGGAUGAUAGAAAGCCAUACGGACAAAGACGCGGACGCCGACGUCAACAAGGACAACAAAGGCAAUGACCAAGAGGCCCCGCCUACCACCCCCACCCGGAAGAUGCUCACCCAGUCUGCAAAGAAGGACACCAACCAGGACGAUAUCCCCCCCAUCAGGAAGGCGCGGUUAAGAUCCAAAAAAGCGCGCCAGGUGCCGGAGGGGAUGGUGGAUAUGGUGGAAAGGUGCAUGGGAUGCACCAAAUUCAAGGUGCCGUGCCAUGUCAAGGGGGAGACAGGCACUGAGCCUCUCGUCCCCGUAAAGCACCAAUCUUGCAAGUCUUGCAAGUCUCGCAAGAUUUACUGCAGUUUCUACCCGGGACAUUUCUAUCCGGGACGCAACACCGUCGCCGGGCAAUUCAACCUCUUGACGCCGCUGGGAAGUUACAGGAAGGUGUUGAAGUUGGAGGAGGGGGAGGAUGUUUCGGCGAAGGAGAAGGCCGGAGAAGGGUCGUUCCCCGAGGAUGUGGCAGAGCUGCUUGUGCAGCUAUUUGAGCAACAAGGCUGA